UUUGGAUUUCGCAGGAGAACCUGUGUCGCUUUAAAGCAAGGAAAUGGCUGGUCUGCUCAAGAAUGCUGUUGUCAUACUGGUGCUUAUUACUGUAGCAAAACGAUUUAUUGCGGCUGAUGAAGAUACAGCUACAGAAGCACCCACUACUUCAGCUCUGCAAGAAGCUUCUCAGGAACCUGAGGAAACAACACGACGUGAUGACCAAUUUGGAGAAAGAUAUCCAGUGGAGCUGUGCAAUCCCUUCUAUAAGUUUUGGACAAACCACAGUCUUGUAUGGACAACGAGGACAUCUUCUUCAUGCGAGAGCUGCAAACGGCAAAAAUUUGAAUACUUGAAUGAAACUGGUGUGAUGCUCAAAACCAUGUGGAAUAACCCAAAUAACGGCCAACUCAUAUCGAAAGACAUGUAUUGGGAAUUUCGGCCAAACGGUUCAAUUGCACAUUAUUACAAAAAUUCGAAAGGCAAAGACCUUUUCGUUGUAGACGAAGAACUAAUAUUUGAAAACGUGAACAAAACAUAG